GAGCGCGACGGCGCGGCGGGCGGACCCGGACUUGCUUGUGGGAAAACGAAACUGAGGGAGAGGGCGGCGGGUCUGGCAGCUGCAGGGCCAGGCCCGGCAGCGGCGGCGACAGCGUCGGCCUGACGCCCCCUCUCCGCUCCCUGGCAGCUCGCCUUCUCCCCUCAGCUUAACAAUGAGGAGGAGAACAGACCCAGAGUGCACUGCCCCCAUCAAGAAACAGAAAAAAAGAGUUGCAGAGCUUGGCCUGAACCUCAGCUCCACGUCUGACGAUGAACCUCCCUCCUCUGUUAAUCAUGGAGCAAAAGCAUCUACCACAAGCCUAAGUGGAUCUGACAGUGAGACUGAGGGGAAGCAGCACAGCUCUGACUCUUUCGAUGAUGCAUUCAAAGCAGACUCCCUCGUGGAGGGAACUUCUUCUCGCUACUCCAUGUAUAAUAGUGUUUCCCAGAAGCUUAUGGCCAAGAUGGGCUUCAAGGAAGGUGAAGGACUGGGUAAAUACAGCCAGGGUCGAAAGGACAUCGUUGAGGCUUCUAAUCAGAAAGGUCGAAGAGGCUUGGGUCUGACCCUGCGGGGCUUUGAUCAGGAGCUGAACGUGGACUGGCGAGAUGAACCAGAGCCCAGUGCCUGUGAGCAGGUAUCAUGGUUUCCAGAAUGUACCACUGAAAUUCCUGACACUCAGGAAGUGAGUGAUUGGAUGGUUGUAGGAAAGAGAAAGAUGAUUAUUGAAGAUGAAACAGAGUUUUGUGGGGAAGAGCUGCUUCACAGUGUGUUGCAAUGUAAGAGUGUGUUUGAUGUCUUGGAUGGGGAGGAGAUGCGGCGAGCUCGGACUCGGGCCAAUCCCUACGAGAUGAUCCGAGGAGUCUUCUUCCUAAACAGGGCAGCGAUGAAGAUGGCUAACAUGGAUUUUGUGUUUGAUCGCAUGUUCACAAAUCCACGGGACUCUUGUGGGAAGCUGCUGGUGAAGGACCGGGAAGCUGAGCUGCUGUACUUUGCUGACGUCUGCGCAGGCCCAGGAGGCUUCUCAGAGUAUGUGCUGUGGAGGAAGAAGUGGCACGCAAAGGGCUUUGGAAUGACUCUGAAGGGUCCUAACGACUUCAAGCUAGAGGACUUCUACUCUGCCUCCAGUGAACUCUUCGAGCCCUACUACGGUGAGGGUGGGAUUGAUGGAGAUGGAGAUAUCACCCGCCCGGAGAACAUCUCUGCUUUUCGGAAUUUUGUCCUGGAUAACACAGAUCGCAAGGGUGUCCACUUUCUGAUGGCCGAUGGGGGUUUCUCGGUGGAGGGGCAGGAGAACCUGCAGGAGAUCCUCAGCAAGCAGCUACUGCUGUGUCAGUUCCUCAUGGCGCUGUCCAUUGUCCGGACAGGAGGCCACUUCAUCUGUAAAACCUUUGACCUGUUCACACCUUUCAGUGUGGGGCUUAUCUACCUGCUAUACUGCUGCUUUGAACGAGUAUGUCUCUUCAAGCCCAUUACCAGCCGUCCUGCCAACUCAGAGAGAUACGUGGUGUGCAAGGGCCUGAAGGUGGGCAUCGAUGAUGUUCGAGAUUACCUCUUCUCAGUGAAUAUUAAACUCAACCAGCUGCGGAACACCGAUUCUGACGUCAACCUGGUGGUCCCCUUGGAGGUGAUCAAGGGAGACCAUGAAUUUACUGACUACAUGAUACGGUCCAAUGAGAGCCACUGUAGUCUGCAGAUCAAGGCUCUGGCCAAAAUCCAUGCCUUUGUUCAAGACGCGACCCUGAGUGAGCCUCGGCAGGCAGAAAUCCGGAAAGAGUGCCUGCGACUCUGGGGGAUCCCAGACCAGGCUCGAGUUGCUCCUUCUUCCUCAGACCCCAAAUCUAAGUUCUUUGAGCUAAUCCAGGGCACUGAGAUCGACAUCUUCAGCUACAAGCCCACGCUACUCACGUCUAAAACCCUGGAGAAGAUCCGUCCCGUGCUCGACUACCGCUGCAUGGUGUCCGGCAGCGAGCAGAAGUUCCUCAUUGGCCUGGGGAAGUCUCAGAUCUACACGUGGGAUGGCCGCCAAUCAGACCGCUGGGUCAAGCUGGACCUGAAGACAGAGCUGCCUCGGGACACUCUGCUCUCUGUGGAAAUUGUGCAUGAGCUGAAAGGGGAGGGGAAGGCCCAGCGGAAGAUCAGCGCCAUCCACAUCCUCGACGUCCUCGUGCUCAAUGGCAGUGAUGUUCGGGAGCAGCACUUUAACCAGCGAAUUCAGCUUGCUGAGAAAUUUGUGAAAGCCGUUUCCAAGCCUAGUCGGCCUGACAUGAAUCCCAUCAGGGUGAAGGAGGUGUACAGGCUGGAGGAGAUGGAGAAGAUUUUUGUCAGGUUAGAAAUGAAGAUCAUCAAGGGCUCCAGUGGCAUCCCAAAGCUCAGCUACACAGGGCGUGACGACCGGCACUUUGUGCCCACAGGCCUCUAUAUCGUCAGGACAGUGAAUGAGCCGUGGACUAUGGGAUUCAGCAAAAGCUACAAGAAGAAGUUCUUCUACAACAAGAAAACCAAGAGCUCUACUUUCGACCUCCCUGCAGACUCCAUCGCCCCAUUUCACAGCUGUUACUAUGGCCGACUCUUCUGGGAGUGGGGAGAUGGCAUCCGUGUGCACGACUCCCAGAAGCCCCAGGACCCGGACAAGCUGUCCAAGGAGGAUGUCCUCUCCUUCAUCCAGACACAGCGCCUGAGUGCCCUGGGACACCCCACCCCUGCAGAAUGUGUUGUCGUUCCCUGAGACAGGGUGCUCUGCACCUGGGGCCUGCGGUGCUGGUUUCUUCCCUCUCUCGGAAAGGGACUGGGCAGCACCGCAGCCUGGCCAUCACAGGCGGUGGCCCCUCUCCAUACCCUGAAAUGCUCAGGCCGGGGCUUUCAGCGGACACUCACACGUUCCUUCUGGGACGCCUUCCGCCUGGGAACUGUUCCCCCUUCCAGGACUCAGCCGGAAGGAAGCUGCUCCUGAGGCAGAUUUGAGGUCAGUGCCCAGGGCACAUGGAGCUGGUGGACGUGUCUGAGAGCAGCAGAGCUUUGCGCUCUGCCGUUCUCUCCUGCAUCCUGUAGACUCACUUUUCUGAGUUCCAUGCACUGCCCCUGAGGGUGGCCAGGCCCCUGCUUUGCCCAGCUUUUUAUUGGGCCAACCCUGAGUGGGCAGAGACUCACUGUCAUGAGCGGGCCAGGAGUAGUUGCUGUACAAAUCGAGGUUUUGUUUCUUUGAACUUGCUGUUUUGAUGCCAAGUUGGAGAUUUUCUUGUCUCCUCCCCCUAUCCUGGCCUUCCCUGGAGUUCUUGCCAGCCCAGAGCUCCGACAGUCCCAGCAGGCUGGGAAGGAGGAGUGUGGGCUCCGUGUGUCUUAGGAUCCAGGGAGCAGCUGUGUUUGGUCCUGGGUGUGACUGCCUCCUGGGGUGUAGAGCCUGUCUGGGCCCCAGUCCCUUUUGAUCCAAGCGUUGGGCAGCUCUAGAGGGCAGGAUACUGCCUUGAGGACCUGCCUCUUUCUCUCCCCCAGCAGCAGUGGCCUCCCAGUAACAGAGUGUACCCCCGGGGUCCGGGUAGCACUGGCCCUCAGGCCGUACCACUGUCUGCCAGAGCCACCCUAGGGUCUUGGCAGAGUUUCGGGCAGGAGGUGUAGCUUCUUGCUACCCUUUCCUUCCCUUUUUCUUCCCCAGUAGGAGGCACAAUCUGCUUUUGUUUGUCCUUAUGUGGUCACUCCAUUUCCUCUAUCUUGGCAGAGGCGGAGAGGGAGGAGGGGAAGCCGGGCAGUAGCUCUGGGUGGGGGAGGGCAUCUGUGGUUAUUUUUAAUGGGAAAUACCUCUCAGAGAUGUUCAGGCAGGCUCCCUAGGGCCCCAUCCCAGUGCCAGACUGGUUUCCAUGGAGAUAGGGCAUGAGACUCCUGAGAGGUUGGAAUUGACUCCACCAUGGGGGUCCUUCAGCCAGCAUCCAGCCCCCACCCCCCAGGCUGGCAGCAGCACUGCUGAGAUGCUGUGUUUCCACCCAAUUCUGGGUAUAUCAGUGUGUCUUGCAGAAUCUUGGAUCAUUAAAGACAAACAUAUUUUUAA